CGAUGGGGGAGGUUCAUAUAGACGGUAGGUCUCCAAUGCCGGGACGUGUGUAUCUGUGUUACGAGGUUGGUUCGUUUCCUGUGAAUUUGAUUCCUCCGCAUAUACGAUGGGACGAGAAGAAAGAGCCUAUGUACACGAGACAUGAAGAGUGUGUUAUGAUGAGAAGACAAGUGAAGAAGAGCAAGGGUUUUGACAUCGAUUUCACACAGUUUCGCUCUGUGUUCAAUUACCGCCCUGUUGAUUUAGACGAUUUAGACUAUAAAGAGUAUUCUUUGGCAACAGAAACCACUACGGAGUUACUCAAGAGGCUGUCUCAAAACUCCCUUAAGAACUACAAUUCAGAAUUGUUUACAGAAUAUGAAUUUCUCAAGGUUGUCAAAGCCAAUACUUACAUGUGUACUGGGCCUGGUAGAAUGUAUUUCAUAACCUUUGAGGUUAGAGAUCCUUACGAUAACCUGCUAAAGCUCUUUCAAACUAGGGUCCGCCAUGAUUAUGAUGUUACGGAUGACUACAUAUUAUGCAGACCAAAGCCCUAUCAGAAAGUCAAAUGCGUUGGAUCUUCCAAGACACAUAAAAGCUUGGCAUAGGACCUUAUGCGAUAUCCAAUGUGGUUUUCUUGGUGAGCAGUGAGCUAAAUUAGUGUUCAUAGUUUAUGGUAGAAUUGUUCACUUAUACUAGAGUACAUGUGGCGCUCUAAGAUAUCAUGUCUUGGGAUACAUUCGGACUAAGCUUCACCGAUGUUCACCUAUACUAAUCCGCAAAAGUAAUUGUUUCCGUAUAAUAUAUAGCCAGCUUUUGGAUUGAUCAUAGAUUUGUAGCAAAAUCCUGUUUUUGUUUCUUAUAUUCUAGAAUGAUUUUGAAAUUGGUU